AUGGCGUCCGAUCUAUCCCGGGCGAAUUUUUGGCAGAAUUUACGAAGUUCAAGAAUCCCUGAGACCAUUGAAAACGCAGGUGGUGAUGUCGGAAUGACCCUUCAAGCCUGCGAUGACGAGAUCGCCCGUGCUUGCGCGUACAUCCAAGAGAUCAGCGCACGGCGAAACAAAUUCGUUCCCAUCCUUCGACUGCCCUCUGAGAUACUCGCGUCCAUAUUCCGUCAUCUCCUCCCCGUGCUUGACGUUCCCUGUUGGAGCAACGCGGGAAGACGGGAUCUCAACGAGAUCGAGGAUAGGACAAAGGACCUCAUAGUUGUGAGCCAUACCUGCAAAUUGUGGCGCCAAACUGCAUUGGAGUUUUCGGUCCUAUGGACCACUAUAUGGAUCAGUAACACUCACUGGAUGAAGGAAAUGCUUGAUCGCUCCAAGGAUGCUCCCCUCACAAUCGUAGAGUUGCAUCCGGUGGGAUGGCGAAGCCCCCCGCCAUUCCCUCAAUGGACGCCCCCGUAUGUUGAGGGCCGGCAGCACAACAUAGAAUAUAUCGUUCCAAAGUUGUUCGAGUCCAAGCAGGUCAAAGUAUUGUCCUUAUCUGUGCCCCUCGACAAAUCGACAGAGCUCUGGAGAGAAGUGUUGAAGCGACCCGCCCCUCAAUUGGAAACGCUAGAGUUAUAUGGAAUGUUAUCCCCCGACCCCAGCCCAUUUUCCAUACCGGAGGACUUCCUUGGAGGAUACGCUCCAGCUUUGAGGGGCCUGGCCCUAGACGGCUACUUCUCACAUGAGAUUCUCUGGCGUGCCCCUAUGCUCCACGGACUCGUCACUUUAAAGUUGAUAGUGCAAUUUACGAGUGACCCUGGCUCUAAUUGUGUAGUGCUGCUGCAGGAUACUCUUGAUGCACUACGAAAUAUGCAGCAGCUAGAGACCCUCUUCAUCACGUUCCCCUCAUCUGCGUCCCGAUCGACGUAUCCUACCUAUUUUGUUACCAGUCCCGGACAGGUCAACUCUCCUGUCGACCUUCCCCGCCUCUCAUCCCUCACGCUGGCCGGUAAUCUCGCUGAUAUCACUGAACUCACGACACGCAUCGUGGUCGACCCGAGCGCUAUUUUGGAUUUCGAUAUCAUUCUUGGACAAGACGAGCUCAACGAUUCUCUAUCGGAAAGACUGUCAGGGAUCUUUUGUACUCCCGCUAUCACCCCCAUCGAGUGUUUGGAGCUUGUAUUCUUCUGCAACACCGAUGACAACCUCAUACUGAAGUGUUGGAACCAAUCCAUACCCACGCACUUCGAAGAAAUACCCAAACCCGACCCGCAGAUAACUUUACACAUCUCUAUAUUGUCAACAGUGACCACACCGGUUCCGUAUCCGGAUUGGUCGGAUGCUGCCCGAAUGCGUGAGCACGCCCAGGGGCUCAUUCGUGUUCUGAGCCUGCUCUCGUCUCUUCUCCCCCUCGACCACCUUCACGAUCUGCGAUGGGGAAGUCGUUGGCGAGAUCUUAUCAUGGCAACAAUCCCUUUCGAGGAACGUACGUGUGUUCAGGCCUUGGACAUCUUCAGCACAGUCCAGAGACUGGUAUUAGAGGACGUACGUGGAUAUCGCGAGAUAUUGGCUGCCACAGCUUCCAAUAUCUCGGCACUUCCGCGUUUGAACAGCAUACACUUUGACCCGACUGUUAUGGCGAGGCAACAUUGGCAUCACAGUCAAAGUCUCACAGCGGAAGAAGCUCAUGAGCUCGCAGAACUACUUCGUCGCGUUGUAGAAAAGCGAGACCUCCGCACUCUCGAAUUUUGUGGUGCCGCCAUGGAUAAAGAUUACCUCUCUGUAUUCGAAAACAGUAUACCACGGGUUUUCCCCUAGUAUGCAGUAAAUUACACCACUGCUGCAGCCCAUCAUGUUCUCUUUCAGUAUUCGUCUCAAAGACUUUAUUCAAUAAUCUACUUUCAGUACUUGUAGCACUCCGGUAGCACAGGGUAGGACACGUUAUGGAAAAUGGG